AAAAAGUGAAGAGUGAUACCUCCAUCUUCCUGUAAACCCCAAAACCCCAGUGAAGAGUUGAUGACCUCCAUCUUCCUAAUACUGUAAACCCCAGAAGAGCAUCAUAAAAAAAGAAAGGCAUGCAUUUGUUGGCAAAAGAUCAAAGUAAAAACAAAAUUAGAACUUUCAGGUGUGAGUUGUGAGUGAGCAUAUUUUAUACUUGUUGAAAAGUGACAAAUAAACUGAAGUGAGGAGCUUUUGAAAACUUUCUGAAGAAAAAUUGUUGAAAUAUGGCUAUAACACUCCUCAAUCCGUUUACUUUCGGAUUAAUGAUAGUAAUAGCAGUAGGAACAGUUGCUUACCAAGUCUAUAGUCAGAGAAAUACAUUUGAGCUCCCAAAUAAUCAUUAUGUCAAUAAUAAACCAAGUUCUAUUAUUAUUAUUCCAAGGGAUACCUCAACUGUGGCUGAUGACGAUGAAAAGAAGAAAAAAGAGGACAUGGAUAAAUGUUCUAUCUGCCAUGAAGUACCACUGAAGAGGGAUCAAAAAGCUCUACCUUGUAACCACAUUUUCCAUUCUGAUUGUAUAAAACAGUGGUUUAAAGUGAAAACAAGCUGCCCUGUGUGUCGUAAAGUGUUUAAAAUAAUGGUUUGAAGUGGAAAAAAGCUGCCCUGGGUGCUGUACUAAAAUGAUAUAAGUAUCUGGUUUUUACAUUGUGGACUAAUUGAAGUGGUCCUGGGAAAUGCUUGGAGGUUCUGAAAUAUCUCAUAAAAAUUUGCCACUUUGGUGUUUUUUUUUUUUCUAUUAAUUUAUUAUUAUUAUUGAUUUCAUUUGUAGCAUUUAGUUAGACAACUUUGCAAUGACUAACAAGAUGUCUGAGAGAAGUGAGAGCCACCUUGUAUAAUUGUUUUAUUUGCCAUGCAUUCUGAAAUCGUUUUUGUAUUUUAGGUCUGUUUUUUCAUUGAUUAUAUAUAUUUCAAGUAGUUAGUUAUUUGUGUGAAAAUGUUUUUAAUUCAUAUUGAAAGACAAGACAUUUUCAAAUAAUUUCAUUUUUGUGAAAUGUAUGAUUAUUUUGUAUUAAUAAAUGAUGUUGGGGUACUAACAAAAAACCUUUGAGUUUAAUUGUAAUGAUUUUUCUUUUCAAUAUUCUGAUUGACAACCAGGGACAUAACAUUCCUUCAUUUGUCAGAAAUGCUUUCAAAUUCAAAUUAAUUUCAUAAUCAUUUGACUGCCUAAAUUACUAUGAUUGUGGAAUACAAUUAUAGAGUCAAGGUAUUAUUAAUAAUUUCUCUUGGGUAAUUGAUCUAAGUAUUUCCUAAUUUCAACUGUGUUAAUGUAUAUUUUACAUUUGUUUCAGAUUUGUGAUUGUUAUUUUCAUUAUACUGCUCACAACUUAUUUAAUAUUGACAUGUUCCUAAAUAAAAUGAAUUAUAGACAAUAACUAGUGGUAAAUACUUAAGCAUUUUCAAUGAAGAUUCAAACUGAUACAUAUAUCAAUAGAUUCCUAUGGCUGGGGGACCACCAAACACGAAGUUCCAUGAACUAGGGAUGGAAAUGUCUUUUGCUGCAGCAUCAGCCAAAUCUAAUACAAGCAAUAGUUUGGACAGCAUUGUAAAUGCAUCAGGUCUGUUGUCUCCUUCAGAAAUAUAUUUCAAAAGUAAUGUACAUUUGAGGUUAGUUGAUAGUACUUCAUACAGUCCAAAAGCAAAACCAGAACCAGUAAGAAUAUAUUUUCCUCCUGCAUCUUUUUUUAGUGGUUGUAUACCUUUACACUCCAUAAAAUCACUACCAACUCCAUUAUCUAUGCAACAAAACUUGUUACCAGUGACUGUAUGUAACUCAUAGUCAAAGGCACUUGCUAAAAUGAUUAUCUUGUUGACUCCCAAUCUUGAUAAUUCAUACUGUAGAUCUUUGAAGAACUUGGUUGCAAUUUGGUUAUCGAUGGAUGAACGUAGUUGAAUAGUGGACAGCUUCAAUGUAUCAUUGAUGUAAAGUUCACAUGCUGUACAAACAUCUAGUGAAUCGAAAUCAUAAGGAUCACUUCCCAAAGAUGGUGAAAUACCAGGGUGCCAGAUAGUAGCACAUUUCUCAAAGUUGUAUGUUUUGAUUAAUAAAUCCACUGUUAACUGAGGAACAUUUCCAACAGAAACACUAGGUAUCACUAGAGUGAAAUCAUUCAGAUUGAUAUUUCUGAAAAAAUUCAUCAUGGAAAUAGGCAUCUUGUUUGUUUUGAUGUAUACCUGCUACAAAAUUAUUAUCGUAUUAUGAAAUGAAAUUUGAAAUGUAUUUUUAUAAAUUCAUUCAAAAAUAUCAUCUAAGGGUCUGUUCGUUUGUGUUGCUGUUAUGCUGUUGCUGAA